AUGAAGGUCGAACCUUGCUACGUGUGCUCUUCGCCGUGCUACCCAGGACAUGGUCAGUCCUUUCACCCCUUCCCCCUUCCCCUCUCUCUACGCUCCGCUUCCUCAACGCCGGCGCAAACUCGCGGACACGACUGUGUGGCGCUUCGCAACCGACGGGCUCAGCUCAGCACAUCGCCCGCGAACUCAAGAGUUAGACUACUAACCCCGCUCACCGCCCAUGCUGCGCCUCACAAAUCUCUCCUCUCUCUACACUCUACAGGUACGAUGUUUGUUAGGAACGACUCAAAGUGCUUUCGGUUUUGUCGAUCAAAGUGCCACAAGAACUUCAAGUACGUGUGCUGCGAUGUUUCGACGCUUUGAACGCGCGCGAGAGACCCCCUUCCCGCCUCCUUCGUCUUUCUUACCAACACACCCAUCACCAUCACUCUCUCUCUGACCCAACCCUCCCCCAACACCCUCAGGAUGAAGAGGAACCCUCGAAAGCUCAAGUGGACGAAAGCGUUCCGCAAGGCCGCUGGCAAGGAGAUGACCGUAGUGCGUUGACGAUCCCCCCCCCACGCUGAACCCCCUAUUUCGCUCGAGGAGAGGGGAAACUGUGCUGGAAACUCUGACCAUGUUCCCCUCUCUACGUUCGCUCGAACAGGAUUCUACGUUGGAAUUCGAGAAACGUCGUCACGUACCGAUCAAGUACGAUCGCGAUUUGGUCAAGGCGACGAUCGCGGGUAUGAAGCGCAUUCAGCAAGUCAAGGAAAGAAGGGAGAAGGCCUUUUACCGCGCCAGGUACGUUUCCCAACCCUACUACUACUCCUUCAGCUGAAGCUCUCUUGGAGGUACGUCAUCGAGCUCACCACAAUAUGUUCCUUCUCCUCCCUCCGUAGGAUGCUCGCUGCUCAACCCGCCGUGCUCGCAUCCGAUUCACUCGAAGUCACACGCUCUUCCCACCUGCUCGGUUUGCAAACCGUAUCCGAAUCAACGGCCAAAGCGCUCGACGCUUCGCAUUCGUUACUCAAAGCGAGGAAGGAGACCAAGUUGGCGCGUCAGGCCAAACGUCAGGACGAGAGGAAGCAAUCGUCAACGAUGGAGGCGAUCAAGUUGGCCGAUUUGACCGGCGUCGAUCAUUCGUCGUCGUCGAUGGAAUUGGACCAAGGGGAACAGAUCAAAGAAAAGAUCAAGAUUUCAAAGAAGAAGAGUGCGACCGCUUUGAAGAGGAGUCAGGGCGUCAGUAUGGGCAUGGUAACAGAGUAG